AUGAAAUCUCCAAGAAUUCGAUUUAUUUUCCCCUCGUUUAAUCAUUCUAAAAAAUCAUCAUCACUUGUUUCUCGCUUUUCAACUCCAGAAUCAACCCGAUUCCAAAACCAACAAAGAUUCAACCUUCUUUAUGCCAAGACUCUUUAUUCUUCUGUAAAUCCAGAAAACAAUGAUUUCAACUGCACUCACGAUCUUGAUUUACCAACCCAACAAAAACCCACAAAAAAAAUCGCGUCUUUUGACGCUUUGAGCAUUAAAAAUGGUGCAUUUCAUCCCCAUUUUCUUGGUACUUUUGAGACCACCCAAAAACCACUCAAUGUCACUCAACAUAGAUUAUUUUCAGCUUCUCCGUCAGAUCCUUUUGCCUGUAAUUCAGAUCCACUCCCUGUUGUUUGUGCUUUGGGAUUUGAGAGUUCCCCUCCUAUUGAUGCAGGAUCUUCAAUAAGAAAACCUAUCAGUUUAUGGCCUGGAAUGUACCAUUCACCUGUGACAAAUGCAUUAUGGGAAGCAAGAACGAGUAUUUUCGAGAGGGUAUCGAAUAUUCCUGAAAGCGCCCCUCCACAAAGUGCAUUAAUCAGAAAGGGCCCAUCAAAGAGUAGGACUAGUAUACUUUAUAAAUUUUCAGAUGAUUAUAUACUUAGGGAGCAAUAUAGGAAUCCGUGGAAUGAGAUUAGGAUGGGGAAACUGCUUGAAGAUCUUGAUGCUUUGGCUGGAACUAUAUCCUUUAAGCAUUGUUCCGGUGCUGAUAGCACAACAAGGCCUUUAAUAUUGGUAACAGCUUCAGUGGACAGAAUGGUUGUAAAAAAGCCAAUUCGGGUUGACAUUGAUCUGAAAAUAGUGGGAGCUGUUACUUGGGUUGGGCGAUCAUCCAUGGAAAUUCAACUGGAAGUGACUCAAUCCUCAGAAGAAACGUUUGAUCCCUCAGACUCAGUAGCUCUAACUGCAAACUUCACAUUUGUGGCCCGUGAUUCUACGACUGGAAAAUCAGCUCUAAUUAACCAGAUCUCUCCUGAAACAGUCAAGGAAAUGGUGCUCUGGAAAAAAGCAAGAGAAAGGAACCAAAUGAGGAAAAAGAAGAAACAAGAACAAAAAAAGGAGAUUGAUAGUGAGGAAGCGAAUAGGCUUAAUGAAUUGCUAUCUGAGGGCCGUAUCUUUUGUGACAUGCCAGCUUUGACCGAUAGAGAUAGUAUUCUUAUAAAAGAUACUUGUCUUCAGAAUUCUCUAAUUUGCCAGCCACAGCAAAGGAACAUCCAUGGUCGAAUUUUUGGAGGAUUUUUGAUGCGUAGAGCUUUUGAGCUGGCUUUUGCAACUGCGUAUGCCUUUGCUGGCAGUUCGCCUUGCUUUCUGGAAGUCGAUCACGUUGAUUUCCUAAAACCUGUUGAUGUUGGAAACUUCCUCCGUUUAAAAUCCUGUGUUCUGUAUACAGAACUUGAGAACCAAACACAACCUCGGAUUAACGUGGAAGUUGUUGCUCAUGUUACAAGACCCGAACUUAGAUCCAGUGAGGUAUCCAACAAAUUCUACUUCACAUUCACCGUCCGAUCAGAUGCAAUGAGUAACGGUCAGAAAAUCCGGAAUGUUGUUCCUGCUACAGAAGAAGAAGCACGACGAGUUAUUGAACGCAUGGAUGCUGAGAGGUCAUAG